GAGAUGAUGAAGGCCCUGGGGUAUCCCCGCCUCAUUUCUAUGGAGAACUUCCGCACCCCAAACUUCAUGCUCGUUUCGGAGGUGCUGCUCUGGCUAGUGAAAAGGUAUGAACCUCAGACUGAUAUUCCUCCUGAUGUGGAGACAGAGCAAGACCGGGUGUUUUUCAUCAAGGCUGUAGCUCAGUUUAUGGCUACCAAAGCACACAUCAAGCUCAACACCAAGAAGCUUUACCAGGCAGAUGGCUAUGCAGUGAAGGAGCUGCUCAAGGUCACCUCUGUACUUUACAGUGCCAUGAACACCAAGGGAAUGGAGCGCACAGAAGUGAGUGAGGAAGACAGCAGCAAGUUCAAGUUUGAUCUUGGCUCGAAAGUAGCUGAUCUGAAGGCAGCUAGACAGCUUGCUUCUGAAAUCACCUCGAAAGGAGCGAGUUUGUAUGACUUACUUGGCAAAGAAGUUGAUCUAAGAGAAGCAAGAACAGAGUCUAUUGCCAGACCUUUGGAAAUAAACGAGGCUGAGAAGAUGAUGAAAAUUGCCAUCGACAAUAUUCUGGAACAAGUCCAAAAGACUAAGGACAUGCUGAAUAAUGUGGCUUUGGAUGAAGCUAAUUUGGAAGCCAGGAUUGAAAAACGGAAAUUGGAACUGGAAAUAAGCCAGAAGAGGCUACAGACUCUGCAAAGUGUUCGUCCUGCUUUUAUGGAUGAAUAUGAGAAGAUUGAGGAGGAACUGCAGAAACAAUACAGCUCUUACCUAGAAAAAUUCCAUAAUCUGUCCUAUAUGGAGCAACUCCUAGAUGAUCACCGUAGAACAGAGCAAGAGAUGUUUGAGGAAGCGGCCAACAUGCUCCAUCUUAUGCAGAACAGGCUGAAGGAAGAGGAACAGAACCUGCUGAAGAGUGGCAGAAGGUCUGGGAAGCGGAUCGUGGGAACGAUGCACGGCGGCGACACGGAGGAGGACGAGGACUCGGAUGACAGUGAAAUUGACCUGGAUGAUGAUGAUGACGAUGAUGAUGAAGAUGUGGAAGAUGAUAGCAUGGAAAUUUCUGCAGGCAAAUCCAAUCGCCGGGCGAGGAAGCCAGAGCCACUAGAGGAAAGUGAUAAUGACUUCUGA